AUGAAUUCCAUUGUGGAUAUCCUCAACAAAUACUUUAUUAUUGAGCCAGCAAUAUGCACUGAUCUUUCCGAUGUGCAGCUCCAAAACUCACUCAAAGGCAUGAAGGGCCGGUCCGCACAAUGUAUGAUCCGAGUGUCCAGACUAUCUCGUGAAGAAAAACUCCGAAUGGUUGAAAAUGUGGACAUCUCCAUUUUCAAGCGCUAUACUUGCCUGGUAUGUCUGAAAUCUUUUGUGCAAAAAAAGCGAGAUGGAAGAUUAAGGUUAGUUCGUCACCUACGAGAUGCUCAUGAAGUAUCGAGCGACGCUUGCCAAUCAACAUCAUCAUCUGCUUUGCCAGCUUCAAGCUUCACAGACAAAGAACCCACGAAAGACCUCUACAGCAUAUCUCCAAAUUCCAAAAGUGAUUCGGACCUGCCUUUGUCCCGUACUUUUGAUGAUAUCUUUCGUGAUGAUACUAUAAAUCCUCCGAUACUGCUGAAAUUUGUUGAGCAGGACGAGACCCACAAGUUUACGGAACAUAUCUGCAAGCUCAUAUGGCGAUUUAAUGUCCCCGCUCUGUUUUUCGGAAAUGAGCUCUUCAAAGAGGGUUUGGGCGAGCUGUUGGUCACAGGACUUCCCCAUUUACCCAAUCUCAUAUUAGAAAGAAUGGUGGAGUCCACUAAUCGAAUCGAAGCACUCAUUGCAAGCCAAAAAUACGUUGCUUUAUCCUUGGAUUACUUCGAUUAUGGUCAAGUGCCUGUCCAAUUAAUUAUGGUACACUUUCUUGACUCGAACCUAGCAGUAACCAAAAGACUUAUCUCGUUCAAGGCAGUGAGUGACGAUCAGAGCAAAGUUGAAGUGUUCAAGAAUGCGAUAACGCAUUGGAAGUUGGAACUGAAAAUUUUGAGCGUGACUUCAACAAACUUAGGACAGUCUGAGCUUCCAAGAAUGCUUCCAAAAAGAACUGUGUUGGAGAGAUUAUUCUCACUGGAGAUCCCCUCGUUCAAUGAACUUGCGAGAUCAUUGGUAGAAGUCCUCUUUCAGGAAGAUUUGAGCAGUUGUGAGAUCCGGAAAGGAGAAAUUGUCCAUCAGGAAGAUACCAACAGUCUUCGAGCUCUUGUCUCGAGAUUAAAAUUAGCUGUGAAUUAUGUGAAAGAAAAUGCUACAAGGGAAUCGUAUUGGAGAAAUUCUUUGGAACUUGAAUGUGGUUGGUCUGCAAAGGAUACUGAUAUUUUGCUUUGGAAUGGGGCUCAAUGGACGGAAUUCUGCGAGAUCCUCGCACGAGUCCCCCAAUUUAUCAACCCAUUGAACGAUUUUCUACUCUCUCAACAUCGGAAGGAUCUAGCUUUGAAAGAUUCAGAAAUUGAAGCGUUGGCUCUAUUAUUAAAUCUCACGCGACCGUUGUGCUCAUGGUGCCAUGACUUUGCUAGUGACACCGUUCAGAUCCAUAACUACUUUAUUCAUAUAAAGAAGGUUCGCUUGUUGUUGGCAUACAUGAGUAUGUGUGAAUUAUUUGACAGUCGAGUCCCAGAGGCUUCACGAACUUUUGAGGAUUUUGUUGAACGCUUGGAAUCCGACAAGCCACUAUAUAAGUUUCUACAGGCAGCAUACCUAUUAGGUGGAUGUUUUUCUCCAUAUGAUGAUGAGGCCUUCACUGAGUUGAAAAGAGACUUUGUGGAUAUUCUAUCUGAAGAUGUACAAUACCUCUCAGCAAAUCCUCAAGCAGAAGUGGAUUCCUUUUUCGCCCAUAUUUCAUCUUCUCGAAAACCGGCAACUCUGCCUGAAGAGUUUUGGAAGGCAGAAAAAGAAAACUUCCCAUCUUUGUUCAAGGUAGCUAGAGUUGUGUUGACUGUUCGUCCAGUAACAUUAAGCCUAACUGCCAAUACCGGAAAAUAUGUUCUUAAUCACUUGAGGUCGCCUAGACAUUUGAGCCGCUCAGAGGGACUUCUCAUCACCGCCAUGGAAGAUGACAACUGA